GCACCAGCAUGAUGGGCCACUUGGCUCAUUGCUCAACCAAUCAAUCAAUAGUAAAAUAAUGAUUGUUCAAGGCCAAAAUCUGUGGUUCCUUUCUGUUUUCCUAUUAACUUUUUUUUGCUUUGACCAAGAUAUUAGAGCAAAUGGGAGUACUUUUCAGCCCCUUAGCACUGAAUCGAUAUUUCAAAUGGUGUUAUGCAUUUAGAAUGAGUAGGCAUCAAAAUUUGUCCAGCUUGGCAGUAUGUAAUUGGCCAAUUUCUAAAAUUCAGACGUCACAUCAGUUCAUUUUCUUUGCAACCCAGGUGCAUGCCUCUCUGUUGACCUGGAGAUACCUGUGAGUUCUGCCAUCAAUUGUGAUCUUGUUGGAUGUUCUGUUUUUCAUGUUGUGUUUUUGUGGCUUUUUUAGGAUUGUGCAAUGUCUAGCCAUCUGCAUUCAAGUGAAAAUACAGAGUUUCUCAAGUUUGAGUACCAGGUCAUUUACAGCUUUAGCUACAAUGUUCCUGUGUUAUAUUUUACUGCAAGCCGGCAAGAUGGUAAACUAGUCAGUUUGGAUGAAGUGUGGGAUAACGUACCAGAUGUUUACCGUGAAAGACUUGCAUAUGAAAAAUGGACAUUUCUAACACAACAGGAACACCCAUACCUUGGUGUUCCAUUUUACCAGCUUCAUCCCUGUCACACUGCAGAC